GUGCUAUGACGUCAUAAGACUGCGCCUCCUGUAUCUGUUGUGAUUCGGCUGAAGAAAGGAAAAGUGUCCAGUUGCUGGUGAAGCGACUGAGAUCCACAUGACACACUAUUGUAAAGAUGGCGUUUAUUAAAGAGGAGAGUGAAGACCUGAAGAUUGAAGAAGCAUUCAGAGACAAACAUGAAGAUACUGAGGAACCAACAGACCUGAUGACACUAAAAGAAGAGAGGCAAGAACUUACAAUGAUAGAAGAGAAAGAUCAAUAUGAGAGACAUGAUUUCAUGAAUGUGGAAAUAUCCAUACAGUCUGAAACAACUUCACCACACAAAGAAGUUCUGAAGACUGAAUCUAACAGAUACUUCACCUGCCAUCGAGAGAAGCCUUUUACCUGCAAUCUGUGUGGGAAGACCUUCACAAAUAAAGCACACCUUGAUUCCCACAUGAGAAGUCACUCUGGAGAGAAGCCUUUUACCUGCAAAUUGUGUGGGAAUAGCUUCACACGCAAAGGAUCUCUUAAGAGUCACAUGGUCAUUCACACUGGAGAGAAGCCGUUUCCAUGUGAUCAGUGUGGAAAGUGUUUCAGACAUAAAGCAACCCUUGUUUCACACAUGAAAACUCACACUGGAGAGAGAACUUGCACCUGCAAACUGUGUGGGAAGAGCUUCUCAAAUAAAUCAACCCUUAAUGCCCACAUGAGAAAUCAAACAGGAGAGAGGCCCUUCACUUGCAAAUUGUGUGGGAAUAGCUUCUCACGCAAAGGAUCUCUUAAGAUUCACAUGGUCGUUCACACUGGAGAGAAGCCAUUUCCAUGUGAUCAGUGUGGAAAAUCUUUCAGACAUAAAGCAACCCUUGUUUCGCACAUGAAAACUCACACUGGAGAGAGUCCUUACACCUGCAAGCUGUGUGGGAAGAGCUUCUCAAAUAAAUCAACCCUUAAUGCCCACAUGAGAAAUCAAACAGGAGAGAGGCCCUUCACUUGCAAAUUGUGUGGGAAUAGCUUCUCACGCAAAGGAUCUCUUAAGAUUCACAUGGUCGUUCACACUGGAGAGAAGCCAUUUCCAUGUGAUCAGUGUGGAAAAUCUUUCAGACAUAAAGCAACCCUUGUUUCGCACAUGAAAACUCACACUGGAGAGAGUCCUUACACCUGCAAGCUGUGUGGGAAGAGCUUCUCAAAUAAAUCAACCCUUAAUGCCCACAUGAGAAAUCACACAGGAGAGAGGCCCUUCACCUGUAAACUGUGUGGGAAGAGCUUCUCCAAAAAAGACAUGAUGGCACUAAAAGAAGAGAGGCAAGAACUUACAAGGAUAGAAGAGAAAGAUCAAUAUGAGAGACAUGAUUUCAUGAAUGUGGAAAUAUCCAUACAGUCUGAAACAACUUCAUCACAAAAAGAAGUUCAGAAGAUUGAAUCUAACAGAUACUUCACCUGCCAUCGAGAGAAGCCUUUUACCUGCAAUCUGUGUGGGAAGACCUUCACAAAUAAAGCACACCUUGAUUCCCACAUGAGAAGUCACUCUGGAGAGAAGCCUUUUACCUGCAAAUUGUGUGGGAAUAGCUUCACACGUAAAAGAUCUCUUAAGAGUCACAUGGUCGUUCACACUGGAGAGAAGCCGUUUCCAUGUGAUCAGUGUAAAUCCAUGAAAUCCGUUCUUCCUCCAUAUACAUUCAGAAAACCAUACCUGAGCAAGUUCUCUGCCAAUGUCUCCCGGGAGUUGAGCACAAUCAAUGAGAGACUUAAGUCUUUGGAAGAAAGACAAACUCGGCAUGAGUCUAACGGCGGCUCGACCGAGGAGUUAAAGAGGAAGAGGCGCUUACAUAAACCCAAAAUUGCGGAGUUCGUCGGCUUCAUAACUCGGAGGCAAAUUGUAGACGCUAUGACCCAGAGCAAGGGUAAGGCUGAAAGAUAA